CACUGUCAUUCUUCGAUCUUCAGGCAAAAUUUUGUCAUGAAAACAGUUCCAAAAUGGCGUUGAACUUAAAAGUUAAAGUGCACCCUGUUGUGCUAUUUCAAAUUGUAGAUGCAUUUGAAAGAAGAAAUGCAGACUCGCAAAGAGUUAUUGGAACUUUACUCGGAACAUUGGAGAAGGGAAUUGUCGAGGUCACUAAUUGUUUUUGUGUUCCUCACAAAGAAUAUGAUGAUCAAGUUGAAGCUGAACUCAGUUAUGCAAUGGAUAUCUACGAAUUGAAUCGAAAAGUGAAUUCAACAGAAGUAAUAGUUGGAUGGUGGGCUACAGGGCAUGAGGUUACUAAUCACAGCUCAGUAAUACAUGAGUAUUAUUCACGAGAAUGUAAUAAUCCUGUGCAUGUCACAGUUGACACUAGUUUACAAGGUGGAAGGAUGGGAUUGAAGGCAUAUGUUUGUGUAUCCCUAGGUGUGCCAAAUGGCAAACAGGGCUCAAUGUUCACUCCUAUUCCAAUUGAUGUAACGUGUUAUGACCCUGAAACAUUUGCCUUACAAUUAUGCCAGAAGACGAUGGGCUCGUCUUCGAAUAGACCUAGGCAAACUCAUCCUGUUCAAGAUUUGGCGCAAGUAGCAGAAGCUGGAUGUAAAAUGGGUAGUUUAUUGGAUCAGGUACUGAAUUAUGUAGAAGAUGUCUUGGCUGGACGGACAAAACCAGAUAAUACAGUUGGAAGAUCAUUAUUAGAUUUAGUAAAUUCUGUACCUCAUAUGACAAGUGAGCAAUUUUCAGAGAUGUUUAAUAGUAAUGUUAAAGAUCUUCUUAUGGUUAUAACACUAUCACAGCUUAUAAAAACACAAUUGCAAUUGAAUGAAAAAUUAACUUUGCUCACAUCCCUUUGAUAUAAGUUAUCUCUUUCCCUUUAUUAAGUGUAAAUUUAUAUCUUGUGUAUUGGACAUAGAGUUUGUUACCCACAUUCAUCUUAAUACAUCCAAUUUCUCAAAUAAAACCCUUUUGAUAAAAUACUGUUUACCAUCUAUACAUACAUUUGUUUACUGUAAGUUUAUUUGGAGUAAUAAACCCUUGCAAACAAAA